AUGACUGUACCUGAUGGAUUUGCUUUUGGGCAACAGGAAUUGCUUUGCACGAUGACUCGAUUUACAACGAGCAAGCUUGCAGAGAGCUAUAACGGUGAUUGUAUGUGCAGAGGGAUCUUCGGAAGGGCAAAUUCAGAACAAAAUGCCAACAUGCAGGCUCUCAGACAAUCUAUGGAGGAGGCGGUAGAGAAGAUCACCUCAUCUCUACAAUACGAAGAAAAGAUGGCUGCAGAAGCAAUUGUCUCUGCUUUUGUUAAAACAGUGUUGGGGAACUUGAAUUCUCUACUUCUGCAAGAGUUUGGAUCAGCGUGGGGUGUCAAGAAAGAGUUGGGGAAGCUCGAGAGCACGUUGUCAACGAUCCAUGCAGUGCUUCAAGAUGCAGAGGAGCAGCAUGUGAAGAACGAGGCAGUGAAGAAUUGGCUAAAGAAGCUUAAGGACACGACCUAUGCUGCAGAUGACUUGAUAGAUGAGUUUGCAAUAGAAGCUUUUCGGUGGAGAGUGAGGGCUCAGUCUGCUACGGUGAAUCGGGUAUGCAACUUCUUUUCUUUUCCAAACUCACUUGUAUUUUUCCUGAGGAUGGGGAGUAGGAUAAAGGAAAUUGGGGAGAGACUAGAUGGGAUUGCAGCAGAGAGGUUAAAGUUCCAUUUGAGAGAGGGAGUUGUAGAUCGGCCAGGCAAUACUGAAGGGAGACUACAAACCGCCUCUUUUGUGAUUGAGUCAGAAGUUUAUGGUAGAGAUGAAGAUAAGGAGAAAAUUGUAGAGUUGUUGAUUCAUGUCAGUACUCAAGAAGAUGUCUCGAUCAUCCCCAUAGUCGGUAUGGGGGGCCUUGGGAAGACCACACUUGCUCAAUUCGCUUACAAUGACGAGAGGGUAGCGAAGCAUUUCGAGCUAAGAAUGUGGGUUUGUGUGUCGGAUGACUUUGAUGUGAGGAGGCUAACAAAAACAAUUUUAGAGUCUGCUAUGGAUGAUAAACAAGAUCUCCUAGAAUUGGAUUUACUGCAGCGUCACCUCCAAGAAAAGCUAUGUGGGAAGAAGUUUUUACUUGUGUUGGAUGACGUGUGGGAUGAAAAUCCCGAGAACUGGGAUCAGUUGAAACAAUUUCUCAGAGGAGGUGCCAGAGGUAGUAAAAUCAUAGUAACAACCCGUAGUGAAAAAGUUGCUUCGAUCAUGGGCACUCUCCCACCACACCAUUUGCCAAGACUAUCAGAAGAUGAUUGUUUGUCUCUGUUCAUGCAGCGAGCGUUUGGGCAUGGAAGACGAGAACCUCCAAACCUUGUAAUGCAUGCAAAGGAAAUUGUAAAGAAGUGUGGGGGCAUCCCUUUGGCAGCGAAGGCAUUGGGUGGCUUGAUGCGCUUUAAAACAGAUGAAAGAGAGUGGCUGUUUGUAAAAGAAAGUGAAAUUUGGAAUUUACCUAAUGAAGAGAGUGGCAUUUUACCUGCUCUGAAGUUGAGUUAUUAUCAUCUUCCAUCACAUUUGAAGCAAUGCUUUGCAUACUGCUCAAUAUUUCCAAAGGAUCAUAGAAUUGAUAAGAAGAAACUAAUUCAACUAUGGAUGGCAGAAGGUUUUAUUCAAUCAUCAGACGGAAGUAAACAAAUGGAAGACAUUGGUGGAGAGUAUUUCAAUAAUCUAUUAUGGCGGUCCUUCUUUCAAGAUGUUGGGAAAUAUGAUGAUGGGAAUAUAGUAUGGUGCAAGAUGCAUGACCUCGUGCAUGAUCUUGCAUGCUCUAUUGCAGGGAACGAAUGCUCGAUUGUGCAGGUGAAGAAUGCAGUGAGUAUUCCCGACAUAUAUCGCCGUUUGUUCAUGUUGUGUGAGUAUUAUGAAUGGGUCCUAACAGUCCCAAAGGCCUCAAGGAAAGCAAACCAUUUGCGAACACUGCUUCUGGAUGGAAGACAGACUUUCAGCGUCCCUUGUAAUCUUUUAACACAUUUCAUGUGCUUACGGGUGUUAGAUUUAAGUUUAGCAUGUGUCACCACGAAGAUGUUGGUUUCAAUCAGCAGGUUGAAGCACUUAAGAUACCUCGGGCUGUCUGCUACUGAAAUGCGAGUCCUUCCUGAAUCCAUUAGCACCCUUCACCAUUUGCAAACCUUGAAACUCUUGGGCUGUUAUAAUCUUGCAGAGUUACCCAGGGACAUGAGCAAAAUGACUAGCCUAAGACAUCUUGAAAUAGAUUUGUAUAAUGAUAAAUUGACCCAUAUGCCAGCUAAUAUGGGACAAUUAAAGCUCCUUCAGACCUUGCCAAUAUUCAUAGUUGGUAAGGAUAAUGGAUGUGGUAUAAGAGAGCUGCAAUGUCUAAACCUUGGAGGAGAAUUGACUAUUCGAAACCUCGAGAAUGUGAUGUGUGCAGCAGAUGCCCAGGAAGCAAACUUGAAGGAUAAGCCGAACCUUUGUGAGUUACGCUUUUCAUGGGGUCAGGAUAUUGAUCUCCAGUUGGAAGGAAAUGUCGAGAAAACCCUGGAAGGUCUCCGACCACAUCGAAAUCUCAAAAGGUUGACUGUGGAAGAGUACAUGGGUGUCAGAUUUCCGCAUUGGAUGAGCUCUUCAUUGCUUCCGAAUCUGAUUGAAGUUUCACUGAUUAAUUGCAGAAGAUGCCAACAGCUCCCCCCGCUCAGCCACUUACCAUUCCUAAAGGUUCUUGUGAUCCGUGGAAUGGAUCCUGUGAAGUCUAUUGGAAAGCAUUUCUAUGGCAACGAUGUCACAGAGGCAUUCCCAUCACUGAAACGACUCACCAUCCAAGAUAUGCCUAAUUUAGAGGAGUGGUCAGGAUCCAAUGGAAGAGUACUCCCCUGCCUUAACCGAUUAAAUGUUGGGGGAUGUCCAAAGUUAACAACACUUCCAUGCCUUCCAUCUCUAAAAGAAUUGGAAUUGACGGAUGGUAAUGAGAUGUUGUUAGGUUCAGUAGCAAAUCUUGCUGCUCUAGAGUAUCUGUUUAUUUCGGGCUGCAGUAUGUUGGCAUCUUUGCCAGAGGAGUUACAAAACCUCACCUCUCUCCAAUAUCUAUAUAUUGAAGAGUGCAAUGGUCUAACGUCCUUGCGACUACAAGGCUUGAGCUCUCUUCAACGUCUUAACAUUCUGAAUUGUCAACGCCUAACGAGUUUGAUAGGGGGACUGCAACACCUCACUGCCUUACAAUACUUGAUCAUUAAUGAUUGUCCGGAGCUGGCAUAUUUACCAGAGGGCAUGCAACACCUUACUUCCCUUCGAAUACUCAACAUCUGGAGCUGUCAGAAGUUGACAUGUUUGCCGAAAGGGCUACGGCAUGUCACAACACUGGAAGAUCUAUCAAUUUCUUACUGUCCAAGUCUAACGGCUCUGCCGGAGUGGAUGGGAAACCUGUCCUCGCUUCGACGUUUGGAGUUUAUGGGUUGUGAUAAAUUGACGUGUUUGCCAUCAUGGUUGCAACUCCUAACAAAACUCGAACAGCUACGAAUAUGGGAUUGGCCAUGUCUAACAGCUCUGCCGGAGUGGAUAGGAAACCUCUCCUCCCUUCGAGAAUUGACGAUCGGCAAUUGUGAUAAAUUGGAGUGUUUGCCAUCAGGGUUGCAACUCCUAACAAAUCUCCAACGUCUAACAAUCAGACGCUGUCCCCAAUUAGAGAAGCGAUGCAAGAAGGAGAAAGGCGAGGAUUGGCACUACAUAUCACACAUCCCAGAUAUUCAGAUUGGAUUUCCCGAAUCUCAAUCCCGGAGAGAAGGCGAAUGGUGUGGACGUCUGCUGGAGUUGAAGAGGAAAUGCAUCAACGCUCUCCUUCUUACUUCUUCUUCCGAUUAACAUGUAAACACCAUAAUUUCAUCAUAGAAUGAAAGUGGGACUCAAGGAAAUGAGAUGGAGAAGGGGCCUAGCAACACGUGUUAUCUUCCUACAGUUGUAGGAGAACGAGCAAAGGGCAGCUGGUGGUUGAACUAAAAAUCAGGACGGCCUGCUUAUCAGGAGUGCAAUGGAGCUACAAUGGGCAUCGAAAACUAAAGACAAUUGAGGAGCUCAUAAUAAUCUAAGGCUAAUGCUACCUCAAAUGCUUGCAUGUUUAAUGUUACAUUGCAAACGAUCAGUUCAAAUCUAAGAACAUUUAAAAUGGAAUGGAUUGGCACUCGUCUAAAUGAGAUGGAGAAGGGGCUUAGCUGUGCACGUGCCAACUUGGUACACUUGUGGGAAACUGAGCAAGGCGGCUGGUGGUUGAACCGAAAAUCAUGUCAGUCUGCUUAUCAGCUUGAAUUUUUUUGAUAAAGAACCAAGCCAUAAACUGGGCAUGCAGCUUAAGGAAGGGGAAAGGAGGAGAGAUCAGGAGGGACCCAGAGGGACCCCUGAACUAGUGUUGAUCUAAAUGACAGUCCAAAGAUGUGAGUGAGCUGCAUCAUUCUUCCAUGAAGUUUUCCUCUCCUCCCACUCAUAACAAUAAAGGCAAAAUGAACAAUGCGAAAGUUAACUUCUUGGCCAGUCAUGUGUGGUGGAUGUAGGUUGGUCGUAGCACGCAUGUCAACUUAGGCUGAUGAUAAACUAAAACUAUGACAUGAUGUUGGUGAGCUACAUCAGGCAUCCAUCUCUCUGUUCUAAUAUUAAAGGAAUGAGCCAAAAGAGGGAAGCAAUGAUUGACUGAGGACAGCCCGCAUCCCCACGAUGGAGAAUGAGCAUAGAAAGAUCUUUCCACAUUGAAGAAAGCUAUCUUGACUUGCAUUGGGAAGUUGACACUUAGAAUGCCUAAGAUGAGAAGCAACAAUAGCGGGUGAAUGCCAACACUCAAAGAAUCGAAACAUCUAUGAACAAGCCUAUUGGAUAUCCUUGGCGACCAUCGAUCUUAUGGACAUGCCUUUGUGGAGCUUUCUCACCUAUGUCCUUUGGGAAGUUGAGUACAUAGUCUAUGAUCCAUAGAUACUGACAGAGAGCUAACAUAUCCAUAUCAAGUUGAAAGACACAUAAAUGCUACAAACCUUACCACAUAAGUGGUAAUAAAUGCGAGUGGCGAGCUGCUGCUAGUUCACGAGAUUCUUCUGUCGGUUAUAAAUGGAGGGUUAGAGAGCACUGAUUGUUUUUCAGGCACCUGACUUGUCAAUGACAUUGAAUUUGUAAUCUUUCUUUUCCAUGGAGUUGAUGUUUACAAAUGUUAAAUUAAGCCAAAUGCGAAUGUAGACCAUGUGUAAUUUGUACAUGGAUCGGAUGAUGUUUAUCUUUCCAUAAACUUC